AAUCAAAAUGCAUGAUAAGAUCCUGCGGCUGGCGGAUGUGUGGAAGACGUGCAACAAAAUCCGCGCGGCCAGCUUCCGCGUCGGCCUUAACCUGUGGGACUGGUACCGCCCCCUCGACCCCGAUGGCAACUGCUUGCUCUCAGAGUCAAAGUUCGUGUCGAUCCUGGCAGGCCCGCUGCGACCGGUGGUGGGCCUGUCGGAUGCAGAGAUCUCGCAGCUGGCAGACUACUUCCGCGCGCAGGACGGCCGCGUGCACUACCACCAGCUCUGCCAGAUCAUACACGGCGAGGAUGCAAGCGACCGCAGCCGCACGUCGGCGGACUGCAUCUUGGAGGCGUGUCCGCCACCGCCGGAACCGCGCUGCCAUACGCUGGACAUGUGGCAGACGCGUCGACUGUGCUGCCUUCUCGCCACCAUCGCCGCCCGAGAUCUACCGCUCAGACCCUACUUCCAGGACUAUGAACUUGUGGCUAAAAAUGACGGCCGCAUCACGUUCGCUCACUUCGCUCGGAUCCUGCACUUCGUGGGCGUGAUCCUAUCCCCCGAGGACUUCAACCUGAUUGUGCGCCGGUUCAUCAAGGACUCCUACACCAUAGACUAUGUCGAGUUUCUUAAAGCCGUCGAGGCCGUCAAGAAAGAAGGAAUACAAGGAUUGGGGCCGGCUUAUCAGCACCCGGGAGCCGUGCUGGACACGACGUUGCCGAAGCUAUCACGGCCGGAGGUGGAGGCGGGGCGACCGGGCUCGCUGCUGGGUACCGAGGUGUUCCACCCCGCGCUCCAGCCGCCGCGCCCCCCGCGCGCACUUCUAGACGUCAUGCUCAGGGUGCAGGAGUUUGUGCUUCAGCGACGCAUUAGGGUUUCUGAGUAUUUUAGAGAUUACGAUGCUCUGAAUAGCGGCCGCAUAAUGCCGCAGCAGUUCCGGCGCGCUUUGGACGCAAUGGGACUGGGCAGCGUGAUAUCAGAGCAAGAAGCCGCCUGUAUCGUGCGCCACUACCUCGACCCUAACGACAAGGAGCGUGUCUGCUGGCGAACUUUCGAAGAUGAUUGCGAUCAGGUAUUUACGGUGAAGGAACUGGAGAAGCACCCCGAGGUGGAUCCCGGCGCCAUGGCCGCCGUCAUCGCCGAGCUUCCGGCGUCGGGCUCGGCGGCGGAGAAGCACCAGCUGACGGACGAGGACCUGGAUCAAGCCGAAGCAGCACUGUUGCGCAUCAGAGCUGCUUGCAAGGAGAGAAGUAUCGACUUAAGGCCUAUUUUCGGUGACUAUGACAAGCUGCGUUGCGGGCAUGUGUCACGCAGCGUGGUGCGCAGCGCGCUGUCGCGAGGCGGCGUGCUGCCGGCGCCGGCGCACAUGCGCGCCCUCGAGGCGCGCUACCUGGACGACUGCGGUUUCAACUUCAUCGCCCUACUCAAUGACCUGGAGGAGCGGCCGGUGGAGAGCGCGACGGCGGCGCGCGCACUUCCCGCGGUGGGCACGCCGCACGCCGCACAUGACCCCGCUCAGACCGACAUCGUACAGAUACUCGCCAAGAUCAAGGGCAGGAUGGUACGAGAAGGUCUUCGGCCGCGCGACUACCUGCGGCAGUUCGACAAGCACAACGAGCUGGUGAUCCCGCGGCCGGACUUCUACCGCGGCAUGGCCUCCGCCGGCUUCGUGCUCACGCCGUUGGAGAUGGACACCGUUAUGGACGUGUUCUGCGCACCGACGCGGCGACGUUACAUCGACUACGACCGCUUCUGCCGCACGGUGGGCGAGGCCCUGGCGCAGGAGGGAUUAGAGCGCGCUCCGCUGCUGCAGCCGGUGCCCCACGCGCCACCGCCGCCCACCAACAACUUCCUCAACUUCGAGGAGCGCAGUAUCGUUUCCAAGGCGCUCGACAAGCUCUCCAAGCACCACGACCAAGUGUCGAACAUAUUCGAAAUCUUCAAGGAUGCGGACCGCGAGCAAUGCGGUAGCGUGCCGCCGGUGGCGGUGCAGCGCGCGCUCAGCCGACGCGGCGUGCUGGCGCUGCUCUCGGCGCGCGAGCUGCAGCUAAUCUGCAAGUGCUUCGGCUACCGGCGUGGCUGUGGCGACGAGGUGGACUACCGUGCGCUGUGCACAGCGCUAGAGCUGGUGCACGCCACCACGCGCGCGCAACCCUGCUGACAGCCCCGCUGAUAGGCCAUGUCUACCGUCCAUUGUUAAUGUGAUUACAAA